AUGUCUAUCCAUUGUGGCCCUGGCUACCAUUGUUCUUCUUCCUCUUCUUCUUCUUCUUCUUCUUCUUCUUCACCACCACCACCAUCAUCAUCAUCAUCUCCCUCUUCCUCUUCUUCACCAUUGUGGCCUGGAUGUGUGAACGUGCGGCGUCAAAGGGCCCGUCUGGCACGUUGCCGUGUUGGUGCUGUCCCAGUGCCAAUGCCAAUGCCAGUGCCAGUGCCAGUGCCAAACGGCAAACGGCUGGUCGAGGGGUGGUGGGACACCAAGUGGGCGGCUGCUAGGAUGCUAGUACAGGAUGCUAGCAUAUCCGGAUGCCAGGAUGCACAUGCACACAGACACAGACUCCAUGUCAGGGACCCUCAUGUGCACGCCAAAAUUAGCCUGCACGCCUCCAGCCCGGCCAGCAGCCAGCCUACCACACACGCCCCACGCCCUCAACGACAAUCGUCGCAUCGUCGCUUUGCCGCGUCGUCAUCUGGCCUGCCCUCUGGCGCCCCAAAGCCCAUUGCCGAAGACUGGACAAGCCCAAGGCACGAUUUACGCAGGCAUGCCUCUUGGGCUACACCACCUGCACCACCUGCACCCACAACCACCCCAGCCACAAAGCAAUUCCGAUACUUCAUAACAAAAACACGCCUUGGCACCCGCAUGCCUGCAGCAGCCAGACCCACGGACUUUGCCUGCUUCUGCUUCCGUACCCUCUCCUGCGUAACCUCAACUCCCUCCCUACACACGUGUCGACAUGGCCGGCUGCAACACGCCUACGGCCUACGCCUCUUGUCAAGCCAGCCGAGCUCAGGGGGGGGAGCCGUCCACAGUGGCGCGCCCCAUCCAUGCCGCCGCCGCCGCCAUCAUCAUCAUGGGCCGCACUGA